CACCGAGCACAUCAUCCUCAUCAUCCUCAUCCAGAUUACCUCUCUCUCUCGCUCCCCCCUCGACAAACUCCAUUCCUCUGUCAACCAUUCUUAUUUAUAAAACUAUAUAUAUUGUUAUUAUUAUUACUGUUACUGUUGCUGUUACUAUUACACUACUAUCACCACUGUUAUUCCUAUUCCUAUUCCUAUUCCUACUCUAAAAUAUUAUGCCCACUGAGCAUAUGAGUACCGCAAAUAAUCCACCAGUUCCGGAGGUGAUCAUUGUUGGCGCCGGCUUGAGCGGUUUGUUCCUAGGCAUCUUACUCCAGCAUGCCAACAUUCCCUUCAGAAUCUAUGAGCGCGCACCAUACGUCAAGCCCUUGGGGGCCAUCAUGUCCCUGAAUGCGAAUAUCUUGCCAGCAUUUGAACAGCUUGGUUUGUUAGAGGAGCUUAAAGAGAUCUCGUUCCCGAGUCAUGGAUACAAUAUUUUUAACGAUGAGCUGAAGAAUAUUGGGAGUAUAGGGGCCGACGAAUAUAAGGAAAAAGUGGGGUACGACAUUAUUGUGUUUGCUCGUCCUCCAAUGUACGACCUACUCCUCUCGAAAAUACCUGCGAACAGGAUUCACUUCAAUAAAAAGGUCAUUUCGCUACGCCAGGAUGAGCAUCAAGUCACGAUUACCUGCGCAGAUGGGACGACAGCUUGCGGCGAUAUUCUUGUUGGUGCAGAUGGGGCCUACAGUGCGAUCCGACAGAACAUUUAUAGGGAAGCGGCCGAAAAGGGCGAGCUCCCAAAGGCGGACGCAGAGGGACUGUCGCAAGGGUACAUUACAUUGGUCGGAACUACAGAUCCACUUUUGGUGAGCAAGUAUCCGGAAUUGAAGGAUGACUAUACGCAUUUCGCGCAGAUGAUCGGCAAAAAGGGCACGCCGUAUACGUGGAGCACGUUCACGGUGCCUCAUCGUAAGAUAUGUUGGAGUGUCCAGCUACAGCUUGGGAGUAAGGCUGUCGACCAGAUGAUUGGGAACGCGGAGUGGACGCCGGACUCGAACGGGAUGAUGAUUGAGGAGGUCUACCAAUUCAAAACGCCACAUGGGAUCCUUGGGGAUCUGAUUGAUGCGACCCCCCAGGAGCGCAUCUCGAGGGUUGCACUCGAGGAUAAGUUAUUCCAGACAUGGCACUAUGGUCGAUGUGUGUUGAUUGGCGAUGCUGCCCACAAGUUACUCCCAAGCACGGGUCAAGGUGCUGUGAAUUCUCUGCAGGAUUCAGUCAUUCUGGCCAACUGCUUGUACGACCUCCCUUCUCUGUCUACAAAGGACAUAACUGCAGCAUUUAGCGAUUAUCAUGAACAACGACUGCCUUUUGUAACAUACCAUUUCAACGCAAGCAAGACCCAAUCCAAAGUCCUGUUUGGCCAGACAUUGUGGGAUCGUAUGGUGCGACACGCCGUGUUCCAUUAUCUGCCUUCUUCUUUGGCCAUGAAGGAGGUGUACAAGGCAGCGAUGUACCGUCCCCAGGCCACAUUCCUGCCAAUGGUGGAGAAGCGUGGAACGGGCGAUGUUCUCCCACAGAAGCCCUCAAGGCGAUAUUCCGCGGAACAAGAUGCAGCAACUGGUGUUCAUCAUGAGAGUUAAAUAAAUCAAUCCUUCCCAUUCUUCUUUUGAAGAACAAAAUGCGCAUGUUUCCCAUGCGCUUCAGGUCAC